AUGUUCAAAUAGACAAAAGUCAAUGAUGGCUUCAAACUUCCAAGAAUCGAGAAGUCCCAUGCUUAUGUUCCUUAGUCUAAUCGGGAUUCACUAGAUUUCCUUUUAGGGAAAAAUAGGAAUGAUUGCGUUCCAUAAUUAAUACCUGAAAAGAAGUUGAUUACUGAGCUACCCACAAAUCGAUUGGCUCGUCGAGGCAGUUAAAUUUUGGAUGGUUCUUCAUAGGUGUUUAUGCCAGUGCAGUAAACUUAGAGAAAGAUCAGUCAAAUGGAUUGUAAAUAUGAUAUUGAAAAUUUUUUUACUUUGGAACCUAAACCUGUGGUUAAAAAACCAAUGGUUAUUGCCAAAAUAAAUCGAAUACCCAAGCAUUACCGCUUAUAAAAUUUUACUGAUUGGGUCGAAAAGUUAUAUGGUUAAGAUUGGUUCAAUGAUUAAAUAUGA